CUAGACUUGAACUCCCAAACUUGGAUCCUCUCUUUUUCAUCGCUUUACCUCCAACACUCCGCCCACAACCUACCUCCCUUUUGACCCGCGGCCCCAACACAGCGCGAAGCCCACCACCAUGUCGGGUUUCGGGGAAUACCCGCCAAAUAUGGCGCCCCAAGACGCGCUCGUCGUGCGCGAACAGGCCGAACCCGACCACGCUGUCGUGCCAUAUACCGGCGAGGAUCUCGCGCGGCCUCGGCUGGGCCCGCUCAACCCAUAUAAGGACGAAACAAACCUGCUGAAGCGAAAGAAUGUGCUUACCGGCCAUGCCGAGGAGACUUUUGUUAGCGAACACACAUUCCGCAGCAAGCACCGCGCAAUCGAGCGCAAGGGCGGUCCCGAACGAGAGUACCAAUCGGGCGCUGAGGCCAAGGAGGAAGCUGCCAAGUUGAGGGCAUCGAGGCAAAGGAAGGGUGACGCGACGAUCGCCGACGGCGAUGGCGCCUACGUCGGACCGUGGGCCAAGUACAAGAAGGACGAAUACGAGGAGGUCGCGGAAGACGAGGAGCUGGCAAGCGACGAAGAGGUCGAGUACGUCUACGAGGACGAGGACGACGUGGUGGCAAGCGGCACCGUUAUUUCUGCGCCGGUUGGUGCCAUCGCGAGACGGAAAGAGGUCGAAGAGUUGGGAGACGAACAGACCGUAUUCCACGGCGAGCAGCAAUACGACUACCAAGGAAGAAGCUACAUGCACGUACCGCAGGAUCUCGAGGUCGACCUGCGGAAGGAAGUCGGCAGCGUCACCAAUUACAUCCCCAAGAAGCUAUUCCACACGUGGAAGAACCACGACAACAAGGCUGUCACGGGUCUGCGAUUCUUCCCACAUUCGGGACACCUACUCCUCUCAGCCGGUGCGGAUUCGACAAUAAAGAUCUGGGAUGUGUACCACAAGAGGGAGCUCCUGCGCAGCUAUCUGGGCCAUUCCAAGGCCGUAUCCGAUAUAUGCUUCAAUACCUCUGGCACCCAGUUCCUCUCGGCCUCGUACGAUCGCCAGAUGAAGCUGUGGGACACGGAAACCGGCACCUGCAUCAACAAGUUCACUACUGGAAAGACGCCUCACGUUAUAAAAUUCAACCCAUCUCCCGAGCAUUCGCACGAGUUCCUUGCCGGUAUGUCGGACAAGAAGAUUGUCCAGUUCGAUACGCGGACGCGGGAGCUCGUCCAGGAGUACGACCACCAUCUCAACGCCAUCAACACCAUCACCUUCGUCGACGACAACCGCCGAUUCAUGACGACAUCCGACGACAAGUCGCUGCGAGCGUGGGACUACAACAUCCCGGUUCCUAUCAAGUACAUCGCCGAGCCGUACAUGUACCCGAUGACGAGGGCGUGUCUGCACCCGUCGGGCAAGUACGUGGCGUACCAGUCGUCGGACAACCAGAUCGUGGUAUACGGAGCGAAUGACAAAUUCCGCCAGAACCGAAAGAAGAGCUACCGAGGCCACAACAACGCGGGCACGGCUAUCGACGUGGCGUGCAGUCCCGACGGCCAGUUCCUCGCGAGCGGUGACAGCGCCGGGUUCGUCUGCUUCUGGGACUGGAAGACGUGCAAGAUGUACCAUAAGCUGCAGGCGGGCGACCAGGCCAUCACAUGCGUGCAGUGGCAUCCGCAGGAGACGAGCAAGGUCGUCGCCGCCGGCUUGGACGGCAUCAUUCGGUAUUGGGAUUAGGGAACGGAAGCGAAGAAGCGGAGGGGGAAAGAAGGACGAGAUGGCUGGCCGGACGGCUCGAUCUGCAUUAACACGGCGUUUCGGGGAAAAGGGGU